UUGCUUAUUAACCAUUCUAGUCAAUUUCUCGAGUCAUGUGGUGAUAUAAUCUCCCUCGAAGGAGCCUUAAAAUCGGGCGAAAAAGCUCCUCCAGACGCGUGUUUUUUUUCAAAAUCCUUGUGGACAUGUGUCAUCGAAGCAGUUAUGGAAUAUUGCAGAGUCGUUUUCGACCUUUUCGCUUUUUCAAAACUAGAAAAGAUACACAGCGCAUGGUUUGAUGAAGAUCAAAAUCUGGAAACUGUUUGGAAUAUAUUUUCUCAGGAAGGUCCUCCCGCUAAAUCAGAUUUUUGUGAUUUCUCUAAAACUCCAGCACUUCCUGGUUCGGUAUCCGCUCGAAAUAUGCUUCAGCUUCUAAGUUGGCCUCAGCGAAAUGGCCUAGUAAAAAUAAACGCUGGAAGAGUGGUGGUUUUCGGAAUAGGAAUGAAAUACGGUACAGUGGAUGCGAGCGAAUGGCUCUUCAUUGAUAUAUUUCCCUUGGACGAUAAGCUUAAGGGUGGAUACGAAGAAAUUCCUAAAGAAAUCCCAAUUCCAGAUUAUCUACACGGAUCAAAAAUUUUCCCUAAUCAUCGUUUCUUGUACCACUGUCUAUCUGCUGGAUCCCAAAAUUUGUAUCGUGGUUUGAUGCGUUUGGCUGAGUCCCAUUACUUGCUAUCCAGCACGCUUGUGGAGGAUAUACCGAUGAGAGAAGAAGCUAAUACAAAUUCAAACAGUGCUAUGUAUGGUGUAGAAUUGAUACAUAGAAGAGAGGUUCAUGACCAUCUUAGGGAUGCUGGCUUGCUGGAUUUUAGUGGCGAUGAUCCUACUACCUUUGAAUCUCUAGUCGGAGGGUGUGCCAAUGAAUCCUCUCUUAAGGUCAAUCAACCACACUCUGGAUUUUCAAGGACAGUUGGUAUCCAGUGGGUUACGCCAAAAGCCACAGAAUUCCGUAAGUGCAUGUUUAAUAUCUCAACAUUUAAUAUAUGA